CCUCCCCCUUCGCCUUCCCUCCCGCCGCGGAGGAUGAGGAGCCCCCACCGCCGACUAAUAGAAAUAUGCAUUUCCAUAAUAUCACCUUUGAACUAAUGAAGUGGAAGUACAGAUGAAAACAGUCUGGAGGAAGCUUGAAGUACAAUACAGUUUCAUUCAGUUUCCUAAUUCUGAGGAGACAAAGUUGGAAAAGCUACAAAAGCAUCUUUGCAGUCAAGCACCAAAUCUUGUAUUAGGCUUCACCGAACAGACUAAGCUUAACAUUUGUCAAGCAGAAGGGCCAGUUGCCUUGCACAGGAAGGAUUAAAAGUGAACAAUGACUCGAUUGAGAGUUUAUGAGCAAUUACUUGGAGCCUAUCUGCUUAUCAUUCUCCAUGUUCAAGGUCAAAAUCUAGACAGCAUGCUUCAUGGCACAGGAAUGAAGACAAAUCCUGACCAAAAGAAACAAGCAAAUGGAGUAACACUCGCUCCAGAGGACACCUUACCUUUUCUUAAGUGCUACUGCUCAGGACACUGUCCAGAUGAUGCUAUUAAUAACACAUGCAUAACUAACGGGCAUUGCUUUGCUAUCAUUGAGGAAGAUGAGCAUGGAGAACCCACGCUUGCUUCUGGCUGCAUGAAGUAUGAAGGUUCAGACUUCCAGUGCAAGGACUCACCUAAAGCACAAUUACGUCGAACAAUUGAGUGCUGUCGGACUGAUUUCUGCAAUCAGGAUUUACAACCCACAUUACCACCACUUGAUAGUACAGAUGGACUUUUUGACGGCAGCAUUCGUUGGAUGGCAGUGUUGAUUUCUAUGGCAGUCUGCAUAAUUGUCAUGAUCAUCUUAUUUAGCUGCUUUUGUUACAAGCAUUACUGUAAGUCGAUGGCAAAGAGGCACUGUUAUAAUCGUGACCUGGAACAAGAUGAAGCAUUUAUUCCUGCUGGGGAGUCAUUAAAAGACCUUAUUGACCAGUCCCAGAGUUCUGGGAGUGGAUCAGGACUACCUUUGUUGGUUCAGCGCACUAUUGCCAAACAAAUUCAGAUGGUGAGGCAAGUUGGAAAAGGACGAUAUGGUGAAGUGUGGAUGGGCAAAUGGAGGGGUGAAAAAGUCGCGGUGAAAGUGUUUUUCACCACAGAAGAAGCCAGUUGGUUCCGAGAAACAGAGAUUUACCAAACUGUUUUAAUGCGUCACGAAAACAUCCUUGGUUUCAUAGCUGCAGAUAUUAAAGGCACUGGCUCCUGGACACAGCUUUACUUGAUUACAGAUUAUCAUGAAAAUGGAUCAUUGUAUGAUUUUCUGAAAUGCACUACGCUAGACAACAGGGCUCUCCUCAAACUGGCGUAUUCUGCUGCAUGUGGUCUGUGCCAUCUACACACAGAAAUUUAUGGGACACAAGGCAAGCCUGCUAUUGCACACAGGGACCUGAAGAGCAAAAACAUCUUGAUAAAGAAAAAUGGAACCUGCUGCAUUGCUGACUUGGGUCUUGCAGUCAAGUUUAACAGUGACACAAACGAGGUUGAUGUUCCCUUGAAUACUAGAGUGGGAACAAAACGUUACAUGGCUCCAGAGGUCCUAGAUGAAAGCCUGAAUAAAAACCAUUUCCAACCGUACAUCAUGGCUGACAUCUACAGUUUCGGGCUGAUCAUUUGGGAAAUGGCUCGGCGCUGCGUCACAGGAGGUAUUGUUGAAGAGUAUCAGUUGCCAUAUUAUGACAUGGUGCCAAAUGAUCCAUCCUAUGAGGACAUGAGAGAAGUGGUGUGUGUCAAACGCCUACGCCCAGUAGUAUCGAAUAGAUGGAAUAGUGAUGAAUGUUUAAGAGCAAUAUUGAAAUUAAUGUCUGAAUGCUGGGCUCAUAAUCCUGCCUCAAGGCUGACUGCCUUAAGGAUCAAGAAGACACUUGCCAAGAUGGUGGAAUCACAAGAUGUAAAGAUUUGACAUAGUAAAUUGACAUUGGAGAGCAAAGCUGGACUCCUAGAUCUUUUCACUCAGACAUGGGUGAGACCUAUGUGGAAAGAGGAAAUAACUGAGAUUCAGUAUAUUUUCUCAGCACACUUCUACAGGCUGCUAAUCAAAUCUUUCAGUACUUCAUGGACUGUGAUACUGAGAGCCUCUAUACACUACAUGCUACAUAUAUGGACAGCCUUGAUAAAAUACACAUUUUGUUUUUGUUUGAGCUGCAUUGAGACUUCAGUCAUACUUAGUGAGUCUCCAGUAAAACUCUGGGUACUGAAUUGAAUGUUCAGAUUACAGUGCUUUCUGUGAAAGCCUAACAAGCUAUAUGGAUUCAACAGAGAUGGAGAAUAUAAGCUUUUUUUUUUUGCCUUCUGCCUGGUAAAACCAAGUCAAUCCAUACCAAGUUUUUGUGAAACAGCCUGUAGCUUAUGAAUCUGUUUGUGAUACUACUCAGUUUAACAGUUCCUUAUGCCUUUAUGUGUGUGCCAGGAUUAUUUUGUUGUCAUUUGGAAUAGAUAAGAAACCAUUUAAAUGAACAAAGUUUUAUGGUCAGGGCUCCAUGCAUUUUGUGGCUCCACAAUCAGAGAUUUGCUACAGAAUUUACUCCUUGACAUUAAGUUAUCUUCCAAAAUCUCAAUUUUAACUUUAUUCUUGUUUUGGUUACAAGGAGAACUGUAAAAAUGUGAACCAUUAAUAAAUUAAGGAAUGCCUACCUAAGUCUGUAAAGAGCUUGAAACAAUCUCUCUUAGAGGUAUAGACUGCCUUGGUCAUCUCACUUACAAAUCUAGUGGGCUCCUUAAUUGGAUGGCUAUGAAAUUUGGCAUAUUUUUCACAAUGCCACAUGCAACCAGCGUUUUUGCUGUAGAAUACUUUACAUCUUAACAGAAAGACCAUUGAUGAUAUGUUUUGCGUUUCUACUUUAUUGGGACUCACUGGUAGGUGCCUGUCAUGCUCUGAACAUGACAUUUCUGUACAGGAGGGAAUCAGUCAGCUGUAGGAGCAUGCUUUUUCAUCAUUUGACAAAACUAGGCAGAAGAUAAGUUUUGAAAGGCUUGAGAAAAAGUCUAAUUUACAGACACAAAAGAGGGAAGGCAGGAAGCACAGGUCGGGCACUCAGAAAAUUAGAGAAUACAGUAAAGGUCAAGACCAGGAGAACUGAAUAUGUGAACUGUUGAAGGUAAGAUCCACAACGUGCAGAAGAUUUUGAGCUGGGUUGCCCUGAUGUAAACACAGGCGGCCACGUUUGUGGGCCACUUAGUGGACAGUUACAAAGUUCAAGAUUUGAGAUGGGGUAAAUCAGUGGGUCUUUUAAGUUCUAGUUAAGCACAUUUGGGAGGAAUGGCAUUGAAAGAUAAUUCAUGAAGAUAAAGUUAACAUAAUUGCAAAAUUUGGUCUUACUGUGCCAACUAUUUGGCAUGCACAGGAAACUAUAGUUCCCUCCUUUUCUUCACUGAUCCAGACAAGUUGGUUAAAAGCCAGAACCCCUCCAUGAGGUUACUGUAAGGUAGAAUUAUUGAUUUAUAACUCCUUUGGCACUUCUACUUUGAAGUUAGAAAAUAAUACCAUAACUCAAGUUGAAGCUUCAAAUGCGUGAAUCAUCUGAAGAAUGGAACACGCAGUAUUGGAACCAUUGAACCUGUUUGAUAAUUUAAGUGCCUAUAACUUUGUACUGUAAAUCUUGUUCUAGAUAACUUUAAAAAGGGAAGUUAUUUAUACGUUGUGUUUUGUGCUUUAGUAAAAAAAAAAACCACCUAAUCCUAGGUACAUGUGUACAAUUAGAUACAUGCACACACACACGCAUAUGCCAUAGUUGAGAUUUGAAGAAAAAAGUUAGGAAUAAUAUUAAAAUUGAUGAAAAAAUGUUAAAACUUCAGAUUGAUUUAUGCCAGAUUAUUUGUUGUCUUAAAAUAUGUACAUGGAGAUUGUUUUGAUAUGUGUUUAAAUUUCCCUUGAAAAUACAACUGAUAGAAAACAAUGUAAUGCAGAACUAAUGUGAUUGUGAACAAUUACAACCUUCUAACGUGUUAUUUUUUUGUUUUAAUUCUCUAGUUCACAUAAUGUAAAUGGUCAGGCAAAAGAUUGCAGUAUUUUUAUUUUCUAUUGUGAUGUACAGACUUUAUUUAACAGUUCUACAUAUUUUAUAGAAAACUAGCUAUUUCGAGGGACACUUCUUUUUUAAAAAAAAAUAAAGUCAUUACUUUUGUUCAGUAAUGCCUUUAAGUAUUAAUAUGUAUUCUAGCUGAGAAGUUCAGAGGUGUGUCAACUAUGGUUUUAACUUAUUUGAAAACAGCAAGAGAUAUAUGAUAUUGUGCCACAAUCCUCAUGAUAAAGGGCUUUUUAAAAAAACGUUUCUCCGUCCAUUGCCAAGAAAUAUAUGAUGAGUUUGAAAUUGUUAAUCAUGUCUUCGCGCAUAAUUUUUGCACAGGUAGUUGGAAAAUAUUUGGUAUGAGCCAAAAAAAGUAAGGGAUAAGCUUUUUUUUUCCUUCCUUCUGUAGGAUUUUUAUCAAUAAGAAGGAAAAAUGUUUAUGUAGGUACCCUGCUAGCUUAAACUUUCAGAGCAUUGGAGGUCUAUUUAAAUUAACCCACUCUUAUUUAGAAUAUUUUUUUUAUUUCUUUUAGAAGUUGCCACUUCUGUGGCAUUAUUAGCUGUAAACUUGUUUUGUGAAUUUUUUAAUUCAUUUUUCCCAAGUCUUCAGGAAGCCACUGCUGGAAGUGUGAAUUUUGAUAAUUUGUAAUUAUUCACUUAUUUUCUUCUCCAUUGUUUAGGCAUUUGCAAGGCAAUAGGAUGGUGAUCUUUGGUAGACAUCUUAAGACCUAAAUUGAUUUACACAUUUACUUUAACGCAGAAGUAGUGAGCUGACUGCUGCAAAGAUGAUCUUUAAGAGAAAAAAAAUCUUUCCGCCUUAAGCUUAACCUUAAUUUUUCAGUACUUCACUUACUAGGUUCAUGCUCAGUCAUACCAUGCAUAUGCGGUUUUCAUUGUCCUGAACAGGAGCUGCUAGGUCUUCAGCAUUCCUUGAUUCCCUGAUAUUCCAAAAAAUGUUAUCGCUAAAGGAUCUGGUUGCAUAAAGGACUUGAGCACACACCUACAUUCCAUGCAAAGUCAUUCACUGUUUGGAGCCUAAGUAUGUCUAUACUGAUAUUUUAACAAUCAUUUGGAAAAAAAAAACUUCACUCAAAACUAGCCCAUUAAUUUUUACGUAAUUAAGCAUACUUAGUGCAGACUCUUAAGCUAAGUUGUUGCUUUAUGCAAUACUGUAGAGUUCACAAGCCUGUAAGGUCAGUGAGGGUAAUAGGAUUCUUCUGUUGGAGUGUGAUUAAUCUCAUUUUGUUGCUCAAAAUUUUAAGCAUUUGUCAUCCAAAAAAAAAAAAAAAAUCCCCCAAAACUGGCAAAUGUGGUGGGUUUGGGUGGUGUUUUUUUUUUUAAUAUAAAAAUCAAAAGUGAUUUCAAUUAGGUGGAAAAUAAUUUGAGUCACGUAAUUCUUACUAUUUCAGCAGCUGAAAGGAAAGUUUUUGUGUUCCUGGUUAAGUUACCUCCAUAGUAGUCUAGAAUCAAAUUUUAGAUCUUGAUCUAAAUGACCAUUUGAAUGUGUUUAUAAAACAAAUCAUUUGGAUACAUUUCACCUACUCUGUCUUCACAGACUGUAUUUUAACGGUCUAAAAUGUUUGAAAAGCAAAGAUACUAAGUUAAAAAGCAUUCUUUCACUAUUGCAGAUAUUUUUAAAGGGAAGUUACAUGCUCAUCUUCUGUCAAAUAUUAGAAUGAUUUAGCACUUCCUCAUUCUUCUGACAGUGCCCCUGAAGUCAAGUCUUUAUCCUGUGCCCACAAUCUUUAUUCCAAAAGGAGUGAUGUCUAAAAAUGACUGGCAAUGUUGCACAAUACAGUGCUUUAUGGAGCCAUGGUGUAUUAGCCUUGGUUGGUAUAGCAGAAGUGGAGUGCACAUUACAUCUAAUUUUUUAACAAAUCUCAUGUAAUUGUUGCUUUGUAGUAUUUUACCGUUGAAUGCAAUUAUAGAAGCCCACAUCAUGUAGUGACAUUUGUGCUCUGACAUGCCAUGCCCAAAAAGAAAUGUACUAUAUUGUAUACAAGAAGAAUAAAUAACAUUGUAGUUAACCUAGAGAAGAUGUAAAUAAAAUAUGAAAGAAGAGUGGAACAAGACAAAUGGUCACACUCUUGUGUGUGUUAUAUGCCAGAAGUGUAGAAUACUCCUUUAAAAAUGUAACACACUAAUGUAUUUUGUACAGCAUCUGCUUUAGAAGGUGCCUUAUUGAGUUUACCAUGAAUUGCUUGUUCUGUACACAGAUUAUGUCCAAUGUAUCAUUUUUAAGUAAAUAACCUUAUUUUAGUACACAUUAGUAAUGUGUUUUGUUACUAUAAGAUUUUGCCUUAAAAAUGUAAUGACUUGGAAAUCAUAAUACUGUAACUAAAUAAUUCCCUACU